CCAAUAACAGUGUAGGGCUGAUGCGCGAGCGCUUCAUGGAAUGAAAGGUCUCGUUUGGCUGAAUUUAUAUAUAUGUAGAGGUGUAGGGGUGUAUAUGGGUUUGUGUGUAUAUUUGCGAUAUGAGCCCGAAAUGACAGUUGUUACAUCUUGUCUUAUUGCAGCUGCAUUCCGUAAAACGAAAGAACAUUUCGGACAGAUUGACAUCGUCUGCAACAACGCCAUGACAUACAACGACAAUGACGUGUCAACGUUUAUAGAAGUGCUAUUGAGUGCUGCCAUACGUGGCACCUAUCUUGGUGUUGAUUUCAUGGGUAAGACAAAUGGUGGCAAUGGAGGGUUAGUGAUAAAUACAGGUUCCAUGGCCGGACUGUGGCCAGUACCCAUAAUUCCAUGCUACUGUGCGGCCAAAGCUGGUCUCAUUCAUUUCACGCGUUCGGCUGCUGAAGAGCCUAUGCUUCAACAGAAUGGAAUUCGUAUUAAUGUGAUCUGUCUUGACAAUGUCGACGUGGGUCCACAUCGUUUUGAUGCUAUGAAACGAUUCAAAUACGGUCAGAUUUUGGAAAAUGUCACCAAAGAACGAAAGUCUUUAUCACUCUCCGAGGCAGUGAGUGGAUUCAUUCGUGUUAUAGAAGACGAAUCACUGAAUGGGUCUGUGGUGUCGCUACUUGUCGACAAAGGUUACGAAGUUAUGGAAUUCCCGGAAAUAACAAUGUCAUAAGUCAGAGAGAAUUGUUCUCUAUUCUGCACCUUAAAAGAUUAACGGACAAUUUGAUUUGAGCGUGAUUUUUGAAAAGUCUGCAUAUACGCUCGGGGGACCAUUGAGUUCGUAUGCUCGUCGUAGUUCGGUUUGUAUCACAUCCAAUCUUAGAGUCACCAGUAAAACUGCAUGCAAUGAAUCUUGAAAAAUCACGAUUGUUCAGAGAUUCGUUAUGAAUAAAUAACAUUAGUUCUAAAAUACACCCCAGGGAGUAGAGACACGCCCUGUGUAUGUUAUUCAUCAUUGUAUUCGAUUGUGGUCUGACAAUAUGGUGUGCUGAUGAACUGGUGUUAAAGAUAAUAACUAAGAAGAUUAGUCUGUCCUUGCUGUGUAUUUAAAAGAAUUGACCAGCAGACUACAUAAUAAUCAAUCCAAAAAUGGCAGCCAUGUACAGAACAGCUUUAUUGGCAUAAUCUAAAAAUAGCAUAGUUACUAAGUAACGUAGAGGGCGCUGUUGUCAAAUUAACUUGCAUAGUAAAGUACAUUACUAUUGUCAAGCUAUUCCCGUCCAUUUUAGUCAUUAGUGUGAUAUAUGCCUCAGUAACAUAUUAUAUUAACACGUUAUAUUAAUACAUACCUGCACGAUGUUUGAUUAUAAUAAAACAGAUAACACUUAAAGAU